AUGAGAACGAUCAGUUUUGAGCCAACAAAUAAUAUAUAUCAUUAUAGUGCUAUUUCUACAAGGUACUUGGUGCAGAAGAAGGAAGAUCCAGGUACAUUCACCAUUCCAUGCACAAUUGGUGCAUUUAACUUUGUCAGGACAUUGUAUGAUCUGGGAGCUAGUAUAAAUCUUAUACCACUAGCUAUCUACAAGCAGUUGGGCUUAGGAUCCCCCAAACCAAGUACAAUGAUAUUGUUGAUGGCAGAUCGAUUAGUCAAGAGGCCCAUGGAAAUUCUUUGUGAUGUGUUGGUAAGAGUUGAUAGUUUCAUCUUCCCGGACGACUUCGUCAUUCUUGAUUGUGAGGUUGAUUUUGAGGUUUUCAUAAUUUUAGAAAGGCCAUUUUUGUCCACAGGCAAAGCACUGGUAUAUAUGGAAAGUGGUGAACUCACUUUCAGAUUGAAUAAUGAAGAGUUAAAUUUUCAUAUGUGUAAAUCAAUGAAGCAUCCCUGA